AUGCCGCGAUCGCGGGAAUCCUCAACCUCCCACGAUGAUACAGAAGUUAAUGGGAAUGGCAGUGACAGUGAUACCACCUCUACCGCAUCUCACAGCAGUCGCAGCAGUAGCACUAGUAGUGUUGGUAGUAGUAGUGGUAGCAGUAGUGUUAGUAGUAGUAAUAGCACUGCGUUAUCAUCAUCAUCAUCAUCUAAUGCUUCUGGGAAGGCACGAGAAGUACCUGCGAAGGGCGGUUGUGAUGCUCUGGCAGUGGAAUCUAUGGAACGACAGCAACGACUUCGCAGAUUGAUUUCUCAGCGCAAAGUUGGAGACACUACAGCGAUAGACGAUGGAAAAAAUGUGGAUCCCUUCACCUUUCGUAAAGGUGCUCUCGAUGCUGAUGAUGGUCUGUUGCUCUCUACCUUUUCAAAUGCGUUGCUUUUCGCGCGGCUUCUUGCUUCUCUUCGCAAUCGGGAGGAUCCUGCACGGACGCAGAGCUUUGACGAUUUCUUGUCCGCUUCGAAUCCCAUGUUUUGCCGCAACUUUAAACUUCCCUUGGAGGAUGCAGCAUUGGAGACACUGCGGGAUACAGUCCCUUGCCAGCACGAGUGUGCAGAGUUAGAGCGAAGCAACAUUGUUGUGCGGCGGAAAAAACGGGAACGAGUGAUGCUCGGAGCAGCAGCCACUAAUACUAUGGUGACUAACAAUAAUAAUGAUCCUAACGCAUUGCAGCAGCGCAGCAGUGAUAAUACUGUAUCUAAUGCACGCGGAGGAUCAUCCAUGUCAGGCAUUAUUGCAAAGUCUCUGCAGAGCUGGGAGCAGCAUCUCUCUUCUGAGUUAAAGGCAGAAGGUGUGUCCCUUGAAAGCUUCAGACAGCAAAGACAUGAUAGUAGCUACUUGGAGGAAAUGCGUUUCUUACAAAAUUCACAAUGGGCAGACUACCAACGUGAGCUUCAGCUGGAGGAAAAGCGAAAGGAACAAGAGGCGAAACGAGCAAUUCGUCGCGGAGAAGGAGAUAUGGUUUAA